CUCCGCGUCAUCCUGCACCAGCUGCGCCGCCGCUUUCACUCGCGCUGCCGCCCGGCCUCAGAGAAACGGCAUGACGAAAAUGUGACCCGAGUGUUUUGUUGCAGUCUGCUCUUAGCUACUAUUAAAAAAAAAAUGUUGAAUUUGGAAAUGCCAGAGGAAGACAGUGAAGAUCCAACCUGGGAAACGUCAUUUACCUGAGUAGGACCAGGGAAGAUUUGACAGAUGUGAAAAGUUUUCUUUGAGCCCUAACUCCGGGUGUCUUUUUCCGAGGACAAGUGGUUUCCUCCUCAGCUAGUUAUUCACAAGCAGUUCCCUCUCGGCAGUUACCUGCUGCCUUGCUCCAACUUGAUGUGUCCAGCCAUUGCUUAAAAAAGUGAAUCAGCUUGUCAACUGGAACCUUUUUACCCAAAUUAACCUUGUUUCUGUAAUAACUUCAAAGUAGCGGUGGCAGUGCAACAAAAAGGAGAAGUGUUGUUAGAACAAGCUUGGAUCAGUAAACUACAGUUGCUGUAAGAAAACGCCAAGUAACUUUUUCAGACUGUACUCUAGAAAGGUCACACUUCCUGCAAAUCUCAUCUUGAAAUUUGCAAAUGUAAUUUGUAAGGUACUCAUUAAUGAGUGAAGGAUCAAAAGGUGGGACGGUGGCCAAGAAGCAAUGGAGAAUAAAAGUUUAGAAGGUUCCCCAUCAGACCUAAAGUUAGUGGCUCACCCAAGAGCAAAGAGUAAAGUGUGGAAGUACUUUGGGUUUGAUACCAAUGCAGAAGGAUGCAUAUUACAGUGGAAGAAGAUCUACUGCCGUAUUUGCAUGGCACAAAUUGCCUAUUCAGGAAACACGUCCAACCUUUCCUACCACCUUGAGAAAAAUCACCCUGAUGAAUUCUGUGAAUUUGUGAAAAGUAACACUGAGCAAAUGAGGGAAGCCUUUGCCACAGCAUUUUCAAAGAUCAAGCCAGAGUCAUCGCAGCAGGUUGUUCAAGAUAGCCUCAUCAUGAAGACCUACCAGAACUACGAAAACAAAAAACAUCAGGAACUGACAUCUGCAGUCAUCAGCUUAAUUUGUGAGGGCAUGUAUCCGGCCUCCAUUGUUGAUGAACCCACCUUCAAGGCCCUCUUGAGAACAGCAGACCCCAGGUAUGAACUUCCGAGCCGGAAAUACUUCUGUACAAAAGCUAUUCCCGAAAAGUACAGUGCUAUUAGAGAAAUUGUGCUGAAAGAACUCACGGAGGUUCUGUGGUGUGGCAUAUCCACAGACAUGUGGAGGAGCGAAAACCAGAACAGGUCGUACGUAACGGUUGCGGUUCACUUUCUCAGCAGCAGUGCUGCCAACUGCCUGGCUGUGAACUCGCGGUGUUUAAAAACGUUUGAAGUGCCAGAGGAUAAUACUGCAGAGACUAUUACACGAGUCCUUUAUGAAACGUUCAUUGAGUGGGGGAUCAAUACAAAAGUCUUUGGUGCUACAACAGAUUACAGUAAAGACAUUGUGAAAGCUUGCUCUCUCCUAGAUAUUCCCGUACAGAUGCCUUGUUUGGGGCACACUUUUAACACAGGAAUACAACAAGCUUUUCAGCUCCCCAAACUUUGCAACCUUCUUGCCAGGUGCCGAAAACUGGUGGAGUAUUUUCAGCAGUCCACGGUCGCAAUGUACAUGCUGAGCGAGAAGCAAAAGCAACAGAAUAUUCUCCACUGCAUGCUGGUAAGCGACCGUGUUUCCUGGUGGGGAAGCACUCUCGCUAUGCUGCAGCGCCUCAAGGAGCAGCAGUUUGUCAUUGCCGCUGUUCUCGUGGAGGACAGCAACAACCACCACCUCAUGCUGGAAUCCAGUGAGUGGAAUACAAUCGAAGGGCUGGUGGAGCUGCUGCAGCCUUUUAAGCAGGUUGCGGAGAUGAUGUCUGCUUCAAAGUACCCCACAAUAAGUAUGGUGAAGCCACUUCUCCACAUGCUUCUGAAUACUACCCUGAACAUCAAAGAAAAUGAUUUGAAAGAAAUCAGCAUGGCAAAGGAGGUGAUUGCUAAAGAGUUGUCAACCACCUACCAGCACACACCUGAGAUAGACAUGUUUCUCAAUGUUGCAACUUUCUUGGAUCCCCGCUACAAAAAACUGCCUUUCCUUUCAGCCUUUGAGAGGCAGCAGGUGGAAAACAGAGUGGUGGAAGAAGCAAAAAGCCUGCUGGAGAAAGUAAAAGAAAAUAGCUUUAGGACUGAAGAGAAAUUCUUCACUGUUACAGAAGAACCUCCUAUGAAAAAAAUCAUCAUCUCUUCCACUCCUCCUCCUACUAGUGUCAUCAACAACAUGCUUGCAGAGAUCUUCUGCCAGACAGGAGGCGUUGAAGACCAGGAGGAGUGGCACGCUCAAAUCGUUGAGGAGUUGAGCAACUUCAAGUCACAAAAGGUCCUCGGUUUGAAUGAAGACCCACUGAAGUGGUGGUCUGACAGACUAGCGCUGUUUCCAGUUUUACCAAAGGUUCUUCAAAAAUACUGGUGUAUUCUUGCCACAAGGGUCUUCCCUGAACGCCUUUUUGGUUCUUCUGCUAAUGUUGUGAGUGCAAAGAGAAACCGGUUAGCCCCGGCUCAUGUGGAUGAGCAGAUCUUUUUGUACGAAAACAGUCGGAAUGGGUCCGAGGCAGAACCAGAGGAUGAAGAUGAAGGAGAGUGGGGUUUGGAACAGGAACAGAUUUUUAAUUUAAAUGACUCGGUAAACAUAAACAACAACUUCUUUAAUAUUCGAGACAGUGGGUUUGUUUAACAGGACUGCAGCGGUACAUUUAAUAACAAAGAAAAAAGUAUUUGUCUUAAGUUACCAAAAAUACUUCUGUUUUAUGCUAUGAUGCUGUAAAUAUUGAACAGUUAUAACAAACUUGAUUUAGCUUCCAUUGUCUGUGUUUUUCCUGCUGUCUUAAAACAUGAAUGACUGGUGAUUAAACAGCACUGAAAUGAGUGAGGAAAUAAAUUCUGCAAAGACCAUGAUUUCUGACUGUGGCCCAGAUUUCAGAAAGCACUUACCCAUGUGCUUCCUUUCCACUUGCUUCAGUGGGAGACAAACACAUGCUUAUUUGCUUUCUAUCAUAAAAAUAUUUUCCUGAAUUAGGUCCCUAAGCAAGGGAGUUUUUAAGAUUUAUGCCUCCAUUUGUAAAUCCUGUGUAACUCAGGAUGCUAGCUUUAAAAGUUUGGAUUUUAAACAUUUUUAAAAUCUAUAAAUCUGAACAGUGAAUAUUUUUAGAGUAUAUCAAUGCUGUGGAAUGAAAAAAGAUCUUGAGCCUGAUUUUUCACUACCUCAUGUCUUAGGCCUGGUCUAUGCUACAAAAGUUCAGCUGGUAUAAUUCUGUUGAUUAGGGGACUGAUCUAUUAUUAUUUUAACUGAUACUGUGCUGGCAUAGGCUGUAGUGUAGAUGCAUUUAUACUGGGAUAAUUUAUUUUCCUUUCCAGUGUGGUGUAAAUGUUACAAACACUUCUAAACUGGUAUUGAUGUGUCCACAUUAGUUCAGUUUUACUAUUUAACAACAGCAGCUAAAUGGCAAAACUGUGGAGUUUUUUGUUUGUUUUGUUUUGUGUCUAAGCAAGCCCUGAUUGUAGUCUCUUUUGCUUUUACUGGUAACGAAGUGUGGGGUCGAGGCAGCCUUGUGUUACCUGUGCCUCCUGCAGAUGCUGUGGCUGAUCCACGUGGUGCGAAACAGGCAAGGCAUCAGGCAACAGAGGGAGGGAAGAAGGGAAGGAGAGGGCAGGGAGACAUCUACAGACCAUGGGUCUAACAGUUUGUCUAUGUUACAAAAUCUUAAUUUAAUGGGAACUUUGCCCAGGGUAGCUAGAAAAUUUUGUUGGCAAGAAAAGCAAAAUACAAAGCUUUAAUAUUAUGUAAAUAUAUUUAAAAGAAGGGGACCUCUCUGUUUCCUCACAUGUAUUUAGUGAGUCCUUAAAAUAGUUUCUUACUCUGUUAGCACUUAAAAACUUUUUUUUUCUCCUAUCUCUUUUUGAUUCAGUUUGUAGAGUGGACUUUAGUCCCAUCCAGUCUAAUGUUUGAGUGCUGUUUCUGAUUAGCUGUGUAUUGUAAUUGCUCCCUUUGUGUCUCUAAGCAUCAGUGUUUUAAGACCUUUUGGGAACUUGGCAAACAAGAAAAAAGAAAGAAAACCAACCUGAAACCCCACAUUUCUUAUGAAAUAACUGUAGGUCAUAAACAAAAUUAGAGUUUAUGCUAGAUACAGAGUAGUCUUUUUUUCUCUGAGGUGCAGUGGAGGACAUUUUCCACUUACAGUCAAGGUUUGCUUGGGGUUUUAUUUCUGUUACUGGUGUCUCACCUUUCCUCACCUCAGUCUACAACUAUGUUGAGCACAAUCUUUCUGGAGAGAGGUCUGUUGAAGACUGACUGUUACUGUUCUGGAGGAAGAAAGUUAAGUAUUUUUUAAUCAUGGUGGCACCCGUGGACGUUUGGUUGUAAAAAGGGCACAGGCAGCAGGAACGUACAAAAAUGAGAAUAGCAAUGGAAUUGAAUAUAUUGCCAAACUAUUUAUGUUUAGGUUUAAUAGUUCUUGGAAGCUUGAGGCCUCUGUGUUCUUUUUAGGUGCUGGGAAUGGGCAGGUGGGUGGGGAGGAAGAGCAGAGGUUAGAGUGAAGGAACAGUGAAGUAAGUAAUAGCAAACUACACAGCAUGUUUAAGCCCAGGAAAAGUGCAUUUAGCAGGUGGUGUGGCUGAAAACGGAUUUGCACUUGUACAAAGUACCUGCACUGUGCAUCCUGUUGAAUAUUGCUUCUCUCCACGUCCACUGAAGAGGUGUAUGUGAUUGCCCAAGGUGCAAAACGCAGGCUUGGCUUAAACUCCCACAGGUAUGUCGGCCUAUCUGUGAGGGCAGCAAAAUCAAAUUACAGAAGGGAGCGAGAUACCUGAGCUCUUGUGACAUCCUAGCAGCCUGCCAGGAAGACCUCUUGGGCUUUUAUGUGUGUUGAGAACCAGCUGCUCUUGCUUGCUGCUCCACCUCCACUGCUACCACCACUGCUAGCCCUCAAGUUGCUGCGCACAUGCUAGUGCGAGGUGUGUGGAUCCUUCCUUAUGUGAGCAUAAUGCAAAGCCGUGCCCUCACAGCCAAGGCAGAGCGCAGAACACCACUCCCCUGGUCUGCACUUGGCCUACCCCUCUUGGCAGCAUUGUUUCCAUCUUCGUCCUCCUAGGGCUAAACGUAUAUGGUGACGCUUACGAGCAGUUGUGCUGAGAUCAGUGCAAUGCACUACUCUCUUCCUUCCAGCUUCUUUUUAUUUUUUGGUAUCCAAAAUAAAAUUGUAGUCAGUUCAAUUGAUGUGUCUCAGCAUUCUUUUAAAAAAAGGAGAAGAAAAAGAAAAAAAAAAAGAGCAAAACCAUUGUUAGUCCUACCCAUUGUCUGUGAGAUUUUUAUUUAAUGUUCUAAGCCUGGAAUAUUGUUAAAUAAAUGAGAAAAAUAAGUUAGUUACUAGAUUAUUUGUCUGAUGUGUGUUCAUAUCUGCAGCACUUUAUGACUUUGAACUCUACCGCUACAGGGGAAAGUUAUAUUCUAAGGAUUUGAAGCUAUGCAUUUAUUUUCUUUUUGAUCUUGUAAGUUAUUUUUUAAAAAUGCUGUACAAAUCUUUUGGAUUAAAAAAAAAUGAGGAUGAAAAAUGUUGGAAGUUUAGAUGGUUUCUCUCGCUUAAAUAUGUGUGGUGUUUUUCAUUUAUCAACAUAAUUUUCUGUUGUUUAUUUGGGUGGAGAACCAAAAUUGAAAUAUUGCUACAACUUGAGCUAAACCCCAGUGUUACUGCCAAGGGUGGGCCCAGAACACAUUUCCAAACUACGCUAUUAAGUCAGCUUUAUGUUUGUGUUUCUUGACAUCUACUUUAAAUCCACAGCCUAAUGUUUCCUUUUUGGUACAGCAGAGACAUCUUUUUGGAGGGGCAAUAGAGGAACAAACUUCAGCUUUUGAGUGCUUUCAUGCUGCAAAAGUGAAUUUUUGAACGGGCUCUCAAAGUACAUACUUUACAUCAAAAGAAGAUGAAUUGCCUUUUGUUACCAACUAAGUAUUGCGAAUUCAGGAUUAAAAUUCAUUGGGCCUAAGUGAGGUUUCUUGGGGUAGCAGCAUAAGUAAAGGGAGUUUUGUCUGUCUGACCAAUCUUUGCACACAUUUCACCUCUCUCUGCCAUCAAGGACUAUGAGAAGGAAAAAAGAAAAACCUGAAUCAAACAAGUUGAAAAGGUGAAUUUUUCUAGCAAACUGUGUCUGAGAUGCUUUGGUUUAAAUGAAGGCAAUAAAGUUCUGCAUUAUUUCUGG